CGGAGCGGGCCGGGCGGCCGUGCCGCCGCCGAGGGGCGGGACCGCCCCCCCUCGCCCGUCCGCCGAGGAGCCCGGCCACGCUCUCUUCCCUCCUGCUUCCUCACUGUGGUGGCUGGGCUGUUUCUCCCAUGACUCUCUGCGUCUAGACCUGGCUGUCCCGUGCCUUUGCCAAUCAAACCUGAGCUUCCUCCUCUGACAGUGAAGAGAGGGGCUCCUGCCCUUCUGGCUCAUUUUUCCCACCCUCACCUUGACACCGAGCCGCCUCUGCUUGUGCCUCCCCGUGCCCCCUGCCCUGCCCACCCUGGGCACCUGUCACCCAUGGACGACUCGGAGGUGGAGUCGACCGCCAGCAUCCUUGCCUCUGUCAAGGAGCAGGAGGCACAGUUCGAGAAGCUGACCCGGGCCCUGGAGGAGGAACGGCGCCAUGUCUCGGCCCAGCUGGAGCGAGUCCGGGUCUCCCCACAGGACGCCGGCCCGGGCUUGGCCAACGGCACGCUCACCCGGCGGCACCAGAACGGACGUUUCCUGGGCGAUGCUGACCUGGAAAGGCAGAAAUAUUCAGAUCUGAAGCUCAACGGGCCACAGGACCACAGCCACCUCUUGUACAGCACAAUCCCCAGGAUGCAGGACCCAGGCCAGAUCGUGGAGGAGACAUACACCAUGGAGGAGGACCCGGAAGGGGCCAUGUCAGUCGUGUCUGUGGAGACAUCAGAUGAUGGGACAACUCGGCGUACAGAGACCACGGUGAAGAAGGUGGUGAAGACCGUGACCACCCGGACGGUGCAGCAGGUGCCAGUGGGGCCCGACGGGCUGCCUUUGGAAACGUCCCCCGUCACCAGCAACUACGUCCAGACCAUGGACAGGAACUUCCGCAAGAACGGCAACGGGGGCCCCGGCAGCUACCUGGGCCAGGCGGGCACGGCCACCCUCCCUCGCAACUACCACUACCCCGACGGCUACGGCCGCCCCUACGAGGACGGCUACCCGGGCAGCGACCACAGCUACGGCAGCCUGUCCCGCGUCACCCGCAUCGACGAGCGCUACCGCCCCUCCGUAGACGCCUACCGCGCCCCCAGCCGCCAGGACAUCUACGGCCCCCAGCCCCAGGUGCGUGUCGGGGGCAGCAACAUGGACCUCAACCACUUCCACCCCGAGCCCUACGGCCUGGAGGAUGACCAGCGCAGCGUGGGCUUCGAAGAUGUGGACUACGGGCUCAUGUCUGACUAUGGCACGGCCAGGAGGGCAGGCACCCCGUCUGAUGCUCGGCGGCGGCUCAGGAGUUAUGAAGACAUGCUGGUGGAUGAGGUGGCCCCCGACCGGUACUACUGGGCCCCGCUGGCGCAGCACGAGCGGGGCAGCCUGGCCAGCCUGGACAGCCUGCGGAAAGGGGGCCCAGCCCCGGGGAACUGGCGCCAGCCGGAGCUGCCGGAGGUCAUCGCCAUGCUGAGCUUCCGCCUGGACGCCGUCAAGUCCAACGCGGCCGCCUACCUGCAGCACUUGUGCUACCGCAACGACAAGGUGAAGACGGAGGUGCGGCGGCUGAAGGGCAUCCCCGUGCUCGUGGGGCUGCUGGACCACCCCAAGAAGGAGGUGCACUACGGCGCCUGCGGGGCUCUCAAGAACAUCUCCUUCGGCAAGGACCAGGACAACAAGAUCGCCAUCAAGAACUGCGACGGGGUGCCCGCGCUGGUGCGCCUGCUGCGCAAGGCCCACGACAUGGACCUCACCGAGGUCAUCACAGGGACGCUGUGGAACCUGUCCUCGCACGACUCCAUCAAGAUGGCCAUCGUGGAUCACGCACUGCAUGCCCUGACCGAUGAGGUGGUCAUUCCCCGCUCCGGCUGGGAGCGGGAGCCCAACGAGGAUUCCAAACCCCGCCAUAUAGAGUGGGAGUCGGUGCUCACCAACACCGCUGGCUGCCUUAGGAACGUGAGCUCAGAGCGGAGCGAGGCCCGUCGGAAGCUGCGGGAAUGUGACGGGUUGGUGGACGCCCUGAUCUACAUUGUGCAGUCUGAGAUUGGCCAGAAGGACUCGGACAGCAAGCUGGUGGAGAACUGUGUGUGCCUGCUGAGGAACCUGUCCUACCAAGUCCACCGUGAGAUCCCUCACGCCGAGCGCUACCAGGAGACGCCCCUUGUCCCUGCCAACAACGCUGGGCCCCACAAUGCCAGCUGCUUCGGGGCCAAGAAGGGCAAAGACGAGUGGUUCUCCAGAGGUAAAAAGCUCCCAGAAGACCCUGGUGCCGACACAGUGGAUUUUCCCAAAAGAACAACUCCAGCCAAAGGCUACGAGCUCCUCUUCCAGCCAGAAGUGGUGCGGAUAUACAUCUCCCUGCUGAAGGAAAGCAAGACUCCCGCCAUCCUGGAGGCUUCAGCAGGAGCCAUCCAGAACCUGUGCGCUGGCAGCUGGACGUAUGGCCGGUACAUCCGCUCAGCCCUGCGCCAGGAGAAGGGGCUCUCCGCCAUCGCCGACCUCCUGCCCCACGACAGCGAGCGCGUGGUGAAAGCGGCGUCCGGCGCCCUGCGCAACCUGGCCGUGGACCUGCGCAACAAGGAGCUCAUCGGCAAACAUGCCAUCCCCAACCUAGUGAAGAACCUGCCUGGAGGCCAGCAGAGCCCUGCCAAAAACCUCUCUGAGGACACAGUGGUGUCAAUCCUCAACACCAUCAAUGAAGUGAUCGUGGACAACCUCGAGGCGGCCAAAAAGCUCCGGGAAACACAGGGGAUUGAGAAGCUUGUGCUGAUCAACAAGUCUGGGAACCGCUCCGAGAGAGAAGUCCGGGCAGCUGCCCUUGUCUUGCAGACAGUCUGGGGCUAUAAAGAGCUGCGGAAGCCCCUUGAGAAGGAAGGCUGGAAGAAGUCAGAUUUCCAGGUGAACCUGAGCAAUGCCUCUCGGACCCAGGGAGGCAACUCCUUUGAUGACAGCACCUUGCCUCUCAUCGACAGGAACCAAAAAACAGACAAGAAAUCCUCCCGGGAGGAGAUCCAGAUGAGCAACAUGGGACCAGACAACUAUUCCACACUCAAUGAGAGGGACCACAGCAGGACGCUGGACCGAUCCGGUGACCUCGGGGAGAUGGAUCCGGUGAAGGCAGCGCCGCUGAUGCAGGAGGAGGGGCAGGAGUCGCAGCCUGAGGUAGAGGAGGAGGAGGAGGAGGAAGAUGCUGCUGUGCCCUCCCCCGUGUCGAAGAUCUAGCUGGCCUCCCUGCCUCUGUUCCAUUUGGGUUGAUAAUAUAUUAUAUAUAUAAAUAUAUAACUCUUCAUGAUGGAAUGGACUGACUUUUACCUUGUCUUAUUGUUGGAAUUUUGCUGGACUUUCUGUGCCAACCAUCCAGCCAAACGCCUGGGCCGGGUCCCCAGGGCAGCCUGGGCCACUCGGUCUCCUCCGGGCCGCUGCACCUCCCUGUUCUGGGACACCACCCCUGAGAACUCCUCUUCCCGUCCUCCACCACCUCCUUCCUCCUGCGAGUUAAACCUUCCUGCCUGACUCUGCCGGAUCAGCCGGCGUGGAUGCUGCACAAGGACUCGGAUCUCUGCCUUGACCAGGAGCUGCCUUCUCUCCCACGCCUUCCCCCUGCUCCGAGGCGUCUUGCAGGGACAAGGACUGGGACCUCACUUGCCACCGCCUUGUUUUUGGUUUGGUUUUGUUGCCUAUAGGAUAUAUUUUUUCGUGUGGGAUCACUCUUCAACCAGCGCCAUGGGGACAGCAGGAGCAUCCCUCCUCCCUGAGGGAUGCAGGACCAGGGGCCAGGGUCUGGAGGCACAGGGGCCAGGGGAAGGAAAACCAGCAAUAACGUCUCUUGCUUUGCUCUAGAUGAGGCUUUGGGGGCAUGGGAAGGGAGAUCCAGCUCUGGAUCCUGCAGAGGGGUCUGGAUGGGGCCCUGGCUCCCGCCCAGUGCCUGUGUGAGGAGGAUCGUUCUGUGAGGAAGGAGGUCAGUGCUGGGGCAUGGGCCAGGGUCCCCGCGGAGGGAGGAGAUGCCGGCAGGGUUUUGGGGAGAGCAGGCGGCUCGGGGCUCACUGUGCCAGGCACCUGGAGCCGGGAUCCCGCAGCGCUGCCCCGCUGACUUUAUCUUGACACGUGCCUUUCUUUUGCCACUGUGAAAUAGCUCUUUGAAUCGUACUGUCCAGCUGCUUCCCUGGGAAAGGGGAGUUUCCUGGCCUUCCGGCAGGGCUGAGCUCUUCCCUUCCCCGCUGGGAGCCUUAUCUGUCUGCAGUGGGGCUGGGAGCCUCUUCUGGGGGGAGCCCACCCCCCCUGCCCUCGCUGAGAGGGUGCAGGGUGCUCAUCUGCAUCCUGGCCUGGGCUGCCACGGGAAUUGGGAUGUGCUCCUCCUCCUCCUCCUCUGGCUGUGGUGCUGGGGCACAUCCAUGUGCUGUGAUCUUUUAGGGAGCCCUGGGGCUCCCUGUGCAACUGGAAGUCUCUGUAGGAGGCUGCAAACUGGAGUAGGAGCCCUCCCAGCCCGGGGCUCCCCCAGGGUGGGCUCUCGGGGCACGGGGAGGUGGCAGGGGCAGAGCUGGUGCCUUGCUCCUGCCCCACUUCCCCCCCAGCUCUGGCUGGGCCUGCCCUGCUUCCAGCCCCACCUCAGCUCAGUUGGGUUUUGUUCUGGGAUCUAACUCUUCUCUUUUCCUUUAAAUAUGUAAAACACUAAUUCUUUUUUAAUUUUUAAUUCCAAAUGAACCAAAAAAACAGCAUCCCCCUUCUCUCCUCCUUGGCCCUGGUGGGGAGGGGGGCCAAGGAGGUGGGGAGGGGGAAGCGCCAAGCCGUUCCUUGUCUGAUUCCUGUGCACACUCUUGUAACGCUUUUAAAACAAAAUGAUUUUUUUAUAUAAAUAAAGUUUUUAAAGUGUGA